UCCCGCCCGGCUGGGGGACGCCCGCCGGUCCCGCUCAACAAGUUCCCCUCGGCGGGGACCCGGCCGAGGGGACCCCCGGACUCCGAGCCCCCGCCGCAGCCCAUGAGGGCAGCGGGGAGCGCGGCGGCGGCUCCGCGGCUCCUCCGCGGCAGAUGCGCCGAGGCUCUGACGCCCAGCUCGCCCCGGCGGCGGGAGGGAGAUGCUCGCCCAGACCGCCACUUCUGCGUGAGGAAGCAUAAGGCAUCAUGGUGAGUAAGGAGCCCAGCAAAUGCUUACUCACCGCCUCGGACAGCGACGUCGAGCCAGCGGCUUCCCUGGCCUUGGAGAUGAAAUACGCACUGGAUCCCAACCGGCAGAUCAAGAAACGGAACAAAGCCCUGCAGGUGAGGUUUAAGGAUAUCUGCGAGGCCCAGAACGAGCAGCGGGACAAGCAGCUGUCCACCUCCACCUCCAGCACGCAGGACCCUGACAAGAGGGACGCCAAGGCCAUCGCCUACAAGACGGCGUAUCGCAAGUACAUGACGGUGCCCGCCCGCAGGUCCAUCCCCAACGUCACCAAGAGCACAGGAGUCCAGACUUCCCCCGAUCUCAAGAAGUGUUACCAGACCUUCCCUCUGGACCGGAAAAAAGGGAAUAUUCUUAAAAGCGCCUCAACCGUGGACACCCUGCAGGGCGAGAACAACGGGUUCCUGAUCGACGUGAAGGACAGGGAGGGCCGGGGCUCGGCGGAGGCCGUUCCGUGGGGCAGGAAGGCGGGCAGCCUGCAGACGGCCGAGUUCAUCUCCCACGUCUCGGAGCGCGCCAACGCGGGCGCGCACGACGACGGCGCCGAGGCCUGGAAAAGCAGCGAUUUGCACAGUUCUCCCAAAGAGCCGCCUCCUCCUCCCCUCCCAAACUUGGCCGACCCCGCCGAGGACGAGCCCGCGCGGCCGCCCAGCCGGGGGAGAGCGGCGGCGACGCGGCUGAGCAGCGAGGAGGCCGCCCAGCCCCUCCACCACGGGAGGGUCUUCAAGACCGAGGUGGCCACCGUUUACCUGCCGGCCUCGCAGCCCGACCUGCCCAACCUCGGCGACUGGUCGCCGUGCGCCGAGGAGGAGGACAGGAGGAGGACGGUGCACCUGAACGGCGUGCAGCCCGUGGCGGGCGACGCCGGGGCGUGCGCGGCGCAGGCGCGGUGCCCGGCCAGCGAAUGUAACGACCGGCCCCUGCAGGUCAACGUCUCGCCCCUGCAGGAGGGCCGGCCCUGCCAGGCGGCCGUGGCCCUGAGCGAGGAAUGCCAACAAAUCGUGCCUCACACCGAAGUUGUGGACUUGAAAGCGCAGCUUCAGAUGAUGGAAAGCUUGAUCAGCUCCAGUCAGGAAACCAUAAAGGUGUUGUUGGGUGUUAUACAGGAGCUCGAGAAAGGAGAAGCUCACAGGGAAGGGCUUUCGUAUCGGACUGGGCAGGACACGGCGAACUGCGACACGUGCAGGAACAGUGCAUGUAUUAUCUACAGCGUGGAAUUGGAUUUUAAACAGCAAGAAGACAAACUCCAGCCAGUUUUGAGGAAACUUCAUCCCAUUGAGGAAACUCAGGUUGCACCUUUGCCUUAUUCUCAGGAGAGCUACUCCUCCACUCCCAAGCAAAAAUCCAAAACUGAAUCAAAAAAGCACGGAAGAUGGAAACUCUGGUUCCUUUAACCCAAGUGUGGAGUUCAAGGCCUUGUCUGAAAAACCUUUGGAGUUCUAUCCAUCCCCUCUUGACGGGAUGCUGGUGGAUGGAGGGGGUUCCUGGCCGACGGCAGCGUCCAGUUCUCACCGCGUGUACCAAAAAAGGCCUUUGUACCUUUGGACUCACCGGAGCGAGGGGGGAGGGAACACACCCUGCCCCCUUUUAUUUGCAGUUUGCCAAUGUGGGAUGUAAAACCUGAAUGGAAAUUCGGACAAGGAUGGAAAGCAAAACUCUUUCCCCUCACCCCUCGGAUGUGAAAGCAUCCCGUUCUGCCCCGUUAAACCGUAGGCUCCUCCCGUCCGCUCCGAAACAUCGCCGUGGUUUUUUUAAAGCCUUCUGGGGGGGCAGGUGGGGAAAAAAAAAACAAAAAAACAAGCAAGCCUUAUGUUUGCAGUGGUGUCAGUUUUACAGAUCCAUGUUGAUUGGGGAGUGCAGUUUUCAGCACAGAAAUCCUGGACAAAGCACAAUUUUUCCUGUGGCCCGAGGCCACGACGUCCCCGAGCCCUGACUGCGCGUUCCUGCCGUCCUGCCCAGCUCCCACACGGCCACACCACCUCCAGUUUAGCUGUGUCCUCAUCACCACAACCACCAGUUUGUUGUUGGCUCAUCUCCAGAAGCUUCCCAAAACCAGGACAAGCCUUUAACCACAUCAAGCUCACAGGGUCAAGGCUGCAGGACGAUCUCGAUUUGGCACUUUUGGUACCCAAAAAGGUCUAAACGACACGUUCUGGCACAGGAAAACCAAACCCAACCCCACGGACAGAACAACCAUAACCCAGAUUGUUGGCAUUUGCCAUGAUUUAGUAUUUUUUUUGUAACAGUCUUUGGAAAACCUCUCCACUAUUGCAGAAGGCAAGCAGGAAACUUCCAGUCUGCAGCACGUGAUGAAACCUGCUUGGAAGGAGCUGGAAUUUUAAAUGCUGUUUAUUUACCAAGCUUCUCAGAUGGGUUUCCCAACUUAUUAUGAUUUAUAUCUCAAUCUGUUAAUUGUACUUGCUAAUUGAUACACACUUAGGGGAGAGAUGUGAAGCAGGUUUUUUUUCCUAAUAUUAUUUCGGGUUUUCUUUUUUAAAUGGCACUUUAAAUUUUGCUCUGACUUAUAAACUGCAGCGUUUUCCUUUAAGUAUUUGCUACUGCCAUUAAACUUGCAUCUAAAAUGA